GUCAAACCUCCUCCAUAACAGGAAGAGCAGAGCACGGCGCUGGUGAUGGCAGCGUCUGGGAAAGUGGCUUCUUUCCGCCUGCCUCCUCUCCCCACCAUAGGAGAAAUCAUAAAGCUGUACAACCUCAGAGCAGAGAGGCAGCUCUCGCAGAACUUCCUCCUUGACUUGAGGCUCACAGAUAAAAUAAUCCGGCAGGCAGGAAACCUGAAGAACGCAUGCGUGUGUGAAGUGGGGCCUGGCCCUGGAGGACUCACCAGAUCCAUCCUCAACGCUGGAGCAGCUGAUUUGCUGGUUGUGGAGAAGGACAAACGCUUUAUACCUGGAUUAGAGCUCUUGUCUGAGGCUGCCCCAGGCAGGGUCAGGAUAGUCCGUGGCGAUAUUCUCACAUACAGAAUGGACCAGGGCUUCCCAGCACACAUAGCCAAGAAAUGGGAAGAUGAGCCUCCUGAUCUGCACAUCAUUGGAAACCUUCCCUUCAGUGUCUCAACUCCACUCAUCAUUACAUGGCUGGAGCAAAUGGCUAGCAGAAGUGGGCCGUUCGUGUUUGGACGCACGAGACUCACACUCACCUUCCAGAAAGAAGUAGCAGAGAGAUUAACAGCCAGUACUGGGAGCAGACAGCGCAGCCGCCUCUCCGUCAUGGCCCAGUAUCUCAGCACCGUUAAAAACUGCUUCACCAUCCCCGGGCGUGCCUUUGUACCCAAACCAGAUGUGGAUGUGGGGGUGGUACACUUCACUCCUCUGGCUCAGCCCCAGAUCCAGCAGCCCUUUAAGCUCGUGGAGAAAUUGGUCAGGAACGUCUUCCAGUUCCGGGGGAAGCAUUGCCACAGAGGACUCGAGAUGCUGUUCCCCGAGGCCGAGCGGCUCGAGCUGGCUGAGGAGCUUCUACGCAGCGCCGAUGUUGACCCCACUCUCCGGCCUGCGCAGCUCUCCAUGGCCCACUUCCGGGCCCUAGCGGAUGCCUAUGGCAGGCUGUGCAGGGAAAACCGUGAACUGAUCGGCUAUGACUUCAGAGAAGAGCUGAGACAAAAACAUCAGAGCCAGAGACGCAAAAGCAAAGAACCUCACCCUCACCACUCGAUAAAGAAAGAGAAAUGUUAAUGGCCGAUGUUCGCGCGGGGAGACAACGGACUGCUCUUAGUGGUGACAUUUUCACUGGGGCAUGAGCAUGAAUUUUUUACACCAUUCCUUCCCGUCUCUCCUGGAUUGGAGAGCGUGGCAAAUGGCCAGCUGAAGUGUAACUGUGGCAGGAACAAGGGAAUGAGUUACAGUGGCCUUGGCUUGGUUAGAUAUGUUCUGGGUUGUAUUAGGGUCAUUGCCAAGGCUUAUCGCGUUAAGUCUGUAGUUCAGGAACUGCAGAUUGAAAUAAAAAAAAAGCAUAAAUAAAUAACAAGCAAUGAAAAUGCCAGUGGGGACAAAAAAUGCUGAAGCGCUUGUAAUCCUCCAAAUUUGCAACAGUGCGAUAACAGAAGGGCCUUUAUGAGCCAGGAGUCUGACCAAAGAGAAUCUGUGGACAGCUUGGGCAGAAAAAAUAAAGUGUUUCUCUAAUUUGGGUCAUCUUCCCCUUUUAUGCAUGGUGUUCACUAGGGAGGUUAGGGCUGAAGAGAAGAGGUGACAUACUCUGAAAUGCUGUCAUAUUCUAAAGCUAUAGGAAUGCUUUAAUCACUUCACAGCAAAAAGUGGUUCCAUUAUGUCAAGGUUCUCAGAGAAAAAUGUUCACUAUCUGUCAAAGACUUGAGAGGAAACUGUUGAGGCAACCUCAGUGCAUAAAUAAAUUUAUAUACUUUAAGUGGUUAAAUAUUCAUGUUUAUGGAUUAAAAAGCAGAAAUAUAUAUAUAAAAAUCUUUGCUCAGUCUCA